AUGAGCGUACAGGACAAAGGUGUGAUUAAAAACAUCUCCCCUGCCGACGCCUAUCGGGACUUCCGCCUGGCUUUCGUUGGUUGGAAGCCUCUGACAGACCUGGUCCUGGAAGGCAGUGUCCACAGUGAUAAGAGGCUGCUGCUGCUGCUGUGUGAGCUCUUGAAACAUUCAAGGUGUGAUGUGCGUUGUCUCAGGUUGGGAUCUUAUUCUGACACUGCUCAGCGGUGGGCUGCUUUCUCCUCAGCUCUCAAAAUCAUCCAGUCCCUGAAAUACCUGGGUCUCACAGCCAGUGAGUUCCUGGAUGAGGGUGUCAAGUUGCCAUGCACAACGCUGAGACACCCAGAGUGCUUCCUCCAGAAGUUGUCGUUGGAAAACUGUCACCUUACAGGAGCCUGUUGUAAGGAGCUGUCUUCCGCUUUGAUUGUCAACCAGAGGCUGACCCACCUGUGCUUGGCCAGAAACAGCCUAGGGGAUGGCGGGGUGAAAAUUCUGUGUGAGGGACUGAGUUAUCCCGAAUGUAAACUACAGACUUUGGUGCGGUGUCAUUGCAACAUAAACAGACAAGGCUGCAGAUAUUGCAGAUAUAUUGCGAGGCUUCUCCAGGGAGACUCCAGCCUAACAGGCUUGAGCCUGGGUUUCAACCCCACGGCCACUGGAUUGUGUUUUCUCUGUGAAGCUCUGAAGAAGCCAAACUGUAACCUGAAAUGUCUGCGGCACGAGACAUUCUGAAGUGGGUCAGCUUCAUAAAAACAAGAAAGUCUUCUUGACAGCGGACAAAGCAUGUGUCAACACACAAAUGUUAGUGUCGGGAAAACUAGACGCAGACUUACGUCACAGAACGUAUGGUAUGCUGAGUGGACAGUGUUCAUAAUUAAUGACUAUGGCAUUUAUAAUUGAUGGAAUUCUAAGUGUUAAGGUCUUCUAUAGGAGGACAUAAUGGUAUUUGGUUUUGUUAAUAAAUUCAAGACAAAGUGAAUCGAUAAGGCAGAACUUCUAUAAAGGAAAGGUGAAAAGCAGUUGUCAAGGAGAACUGAAAAUGCUUUGCAUUAUUUUUUA